AUGAAUAAAUAUGAAAAAGAAAGGCGGGGUGGACAAUACGACAAACAUUCUUAUCGUUUUCUUUUUUCUUUCACACAUUCAUUUCUCGAUCUUUCUUCCCCUUUACGCUUUCUUGCUCUCCCCACUUUCGCUUUUCCCCGCUUUGGCUCUUCACCCCCCCAAUCCCCCUUUGGCUCUUUCUCCCCCCUUGCCCCCCCCUUGUCUCUUUUUCUCCCUCUUCCCCCCCUUUGGCUCUUUUCUCGCCUCUUUUCCCCCCCUUUGGCUCUUUCUCGCCUCUUUUUCUCCCCCCCCCUUUGGCUCUUUUCUCGCCUCUUUUCUCCCCCCUUUGGCUCUUUUCUCGCCUCUUUUUCUCCCCCCUUCGGCUCUUUUCGCCUCUUUCCCCUCCCCUUGGCUCUUUCUCCCCCUUUCCCCUCCCCCUUGGCUCUUUCCCCCUCCCUUUCGCUCUUUCUCCCCCUUCGAUCUUUUCCCUUCCCCCCUUUCGCUCUUUCUCCCCUCUUUCCCCCUCCCUUUCGCUCUUUCUCCCCUCUUUCUCGCUUUUCUUUUCUAUCUCUUUUUAUUGCUUUUCACUUUUUCUUUCCUUUUAUUUUUACUUUUCUAAUUUUUCUUUUUCAUUUUUUUCACUCUUCCUCAUUUUUUCAUUUUUUUUUCUUUUGUAUCUCAUUUUCUCUUUUCUCUUUUGAUUUGCAUUCUGUUUUGCACAUUUUGUUUGGCUUUUCCUUGACUUUUUGA